UCUCUCGUCGCUCAGUGUCGCUCGGUUGUACACACGAACGCAUCGCGCGGUGACGCGCGGUCGACGGCGGCGACAACGCGGAGCGUCGUCUCGUUGCACGGCGCGCGUAUAGCAGUGAAGUUACACGCUGAAGCGUCCGGGCGAUCGAGAUAGAUAGAGAUAGAGCGCGCGCGAGAGAGCUGACGUUGACGUAGAAGAAGGAGAAGAAGGCGUGAAGCGCGCAAGAGAGCGAGAAGAGAGAUAUGAGGCCGCGCGAGGGGAACAGAGACACGGGAAGUUCGGCGCGGUGAGCGGAAGGAGACAGCUCGGGCGGCGCGCGCGCGCGCGCGCGACGGAGCGAAGGCGACAGCGCUAAGCGGAAGGCUGUGAGGAGGAGCGAGCGAGAGGCGUACGGGGGAGGAAGAAUGCGGCGCGAGCGUGAGAGAGAGCGACGAACGUGAGCCCCGAUCGGCGCGCGUGCGCGCCGCGCGUCACAGCGGCGGGGCGGCUUGGUCGCCGACUGCGCGGCGCCCCGCGCGACAUUCGUCAAGCCUGCGGCUCUUGCGGUGGUCGGUUCGCUCGAAGGAGGUUAGGUUCGACGUACGCCAGUGGACGACGACGAUCCUCAGAGUGGUCCGCGCGCGUCACGCGUACACUACGACUGCCGUCUCUCGCUGCGUCUCCAUAUCUACGCGAGGAGUGCCGGCGAGGCUGACUCCUCUCCGCCGGCGAGUAUCGCGCGUGCAUGUGGCAUCGACAUAGUGUGCUCGCUACAAACGGAUGAAUGAUGUCAAGCAGCGUGUGUCACGCGCCCCUGCCAGCACGAAUGGAAGCGUUCACCACGAGGUUCUGCCUGCGUGCGGUCGAUCAGUAUGAGCGGCUUCUGCAGACUCGCUUCAACAAGGCUUCUCUGGUUGCAGCCCUCGAGCAAGGAGCAAACGAGGUUGAGCAAUCAUGACUCGACGGGCAACAAGGAGCACCGUCGCCAGAAGGAUGGGUCCACCAGCGGUAGCAGCGGCAGCAGCAGCAGCACCUACAGUGCCUUCCGUCAAUGGCGACGGAGCACCUCGAUGGGCUCCCACAACAGCCGGUCCAACAGCACCGGCUCCAGGUCGUCCGGCUCGCUGGCCAAACUGCCGAAUGACCCGGCCACCAUGCGAAAGAUGGAGCAAUUUCCCCUGGUCCUGUCAGACGCAACGAUGCCGGACGAGGACCUGUCGCUCAAGUUUCUCGCCCUGAAUGCCUUGGAUCUGACGGCGCCAGCCAGCGACGUUCUCCUGAAGAACCGGCUCAAGUCAUGGUUUCAGCUGUCGGGGCACCCUGAUGGCUUCGCUCCUGCGGGACCCGGCACGGUUUGGAAGCGAAGAACAGGCGGCGCUGAGAACACUGAGCGCGUCGUCUACGAGACCCUGAGCAAGGACGAAGCAUUGCGGGACUGUAUUCCGAGAUACUACCGGGAGGUCGAGUACAAGGGCGACACGUUCAUCGAAUUGCAGGAUCUGCUGUUCGGCUUCAACGAUCCCCACGUGAUGGACAUCAAGAUGGGCACGCGGACCUUCCUCGAAUCCGAGGUGUCCAAGACCACCGCCAGGCCGGAUCUCUAUCAGAAGAUGAUAGCCGUCGAACCGGACGCGCCGACUCAGCCGGAGCACGAGCAGCGCGCCGUAACCAAGCUACGGUACAUGCAAUUCCGCGAGCAACAAAGCUCGACCUGCAGCCACGGGUUCCGCAUUGAGGCGAUGAAGCUACCGGGCGCGCCACCGAUCACCGAUCUCAAGAAGGUCAAGUCGCACUCGGAGGUGCUCGACACCAUCAGGCAGUUCCUCGGCAGGCGUGAGGACACGCGCGCGAAGAUCCUCGCGCGUCUCAAGAACCUGCGAACCAAGAUCGAAGAGUCCAAGUAUUUCGAAAACCACGAGGUAAUCGGUAGUAGCAUCUUCAUGAUUUACGAUUGCGAGAAAGUCGGUGUCUGGCUGAUAGAUUUCGCGAAAACACGGGAGGUGCCGGACGGACGGAAGCUCACGCACAGGCGUCCUUGGGAGGAGGGCAACCACGAGGAGGGCUUCUUAUUCGGAUUGGACAACUUAAUUUCGACUAUGGAGGAGGUCCGUCUCCGUCCGUGAAAGCUCCCGGUCGAGAUGGAGCUCGUUCGAUUUCCCCGCAUUGUAAUCAACAUUUACUCAUGUGCAUCUGAUGAGUGAAAAAAGUAUUCGUGCUCCAUCGCACAUUUCCCCCUUGGUAUCGAAUCUGAGACACAGCACGCUCGACGAGACGAGAAGAGAGGUGUGUCCUGCAUCCAGCAGUCACGCCGAUGAAGCAAAAAGUGGUGCGCCAGUACUUGUUUCGCUCAUUUGAAGUAUCCUCUGGUCUUGUCGCAGAAAGUAUACCGGCAUUUUUCAUCAUUCUUAUUUAUGUCAUCGUUAUAUAUGUAUAUCUGUAUUCUAUUUACGUGUAUAUUGGUAUUUAACAUGGAAGACUGCUUUCUAUUGCAUUUCGCGAGCAUUUUUAUAAGAGACAUCUCUAGACAAAGUUUGCAACACACAUUACUAUGUGUACAAACGUGUAAUGUACAAAAGUAGCAUUUAAGAGUAGCGUAUAAGCGUAAUCUAACGUGUAAGCAAAGCGAAAGUUAUUUAUGAGGAGUGCUUACGUCGGAUAACAACGUUCUUACAUUUUUUUUUUAAAGAGUACUCGUCCUCGAUCGCUUCGUGUUUCACUUUGUAGUGGUAAAUAAACAGUCUUCGUAUUUGUGGA